UAGACGAUUCCCGCGACAAAGAAGCAACUUAGCCGGAGGAGCUCCUCGUAAUCGAAGGAAGGCAGCGCAUCCAACAAAAUUAGUUUCGGAUCAGCAGUGAGGCCAACCAGUGCCCAGUGCGCGGCUUGAUCUCCCGAUAAAGUCCCAAAAGUCUCCAACCGUUGUCUUCUAGCAGUACUCCGCGGAUGCGAACAGAUUCGAAAAAAUGCGCCAUCAAGCGUCCGCUGUGUCUUCUCCCUCAAUUUAUGUUGCAUUGCUGAGUUGCUGUCAGCUCCUCGGCCUCUUUCCAAUCCCAACCCCGGCAGGCAGGAGAUAGGCGUGAGGAGCGAGGAUGGCGAGUCCGCAGUGCUGCGCGAACCCGCCGACGCUGAACCCCGCCGGCGGAGAGGGCAAGGUCGUCGACAGCUUCGGCGGGACCAGGGCGUACGUCGCCGGCGCUGAAGAGUCCAAGGCCGCCGUCAUCCUCAUCUCCGACAUCUUCGGGUUUGAAGCGCCGAAACUGAGGAAGAUAGCCGACAAAGUUGCUUCGUGUGGGUACUUUGUUAUUGUACCUGAUUUCUUGCAUGGGGAACCAUUUGCACAUGAAAACGCUGAUAGACCGUUUCCAGUGUGGAUAGAGGCGCAUGCCCCGGGAAAAGCAUAUGAAGAGGCAAAACCAAUUAUUGCUGCUCUAAAGGAACACGGGAUGUCUACUGUUGGGGCUGCAGGUUAUUGUUGGGGUGCAAAGGUUGUUGCAGAGUUGGCAAAAGCUCAUGAGAUCCAGGCAGCUGUUAUGUUGCACCCUUCUUUUGUUACAAUUGAUGAUAUAAAAGAGGUGAAAUGCCCCACCGCUAUUCUUGGGGCGGACAUUGACAAAAUGUCCCCACCAGAAUUGGUCAAGCAGUUCAAGGAGGUUCUAUCAUCUAACUCAGGGACUGGUCCCUGAACUUUGUAGAAAAGACCCGGAACAAGGAUGAAAAAACGCAAUCAGGUCCUUCCCCAACCAGCGGUCACCUCGCCAUCACCGGGGACAGCACCACUUGGGAGGACGAAGCUGCCAUGGAGAGCUUCCAUGGCCACUGGUUGGAAGAAGCACUGCCUCCUAUGCUGCACCAUGGCCAGGAGGAAAAGAAAUGGCCGCCCUUCGGCCUGAAGAUGCCGCGACACGGUGGGAGUCGGCAGCCGUAUGCCGGCGCCGCAGUUCCUCCACGGUAGCCGACGGUGAUGUGCUCGACCGCGAAGCAGAUGAUCCACCCUGUUGCCUUCUCCUCCCGAAGAGCCACCACCACGGUGGUGUCAACGGCAAGAAGAAAGCCACCAAAUCCCCUGCAAAUCAGAGACUUCAAACUUAUUAAUGGAGUCGCCGGCAAGCAUCUCUGCAGCAGCCAACCUCCGGCCACCACGGGGAUACCCGCCGCCAGUCGCCGCCGGCCUUUGCUCGACCAUGGCCACGGCCACCUCCCUAACGGCAUCACGCCACGACCCGGCACUAAGCCGAAACCCUCUAUGGGAACCCUAGCUACAACGGAGCUCCGGAGACCUCUCCCAUCCCCUUCCAGACCGGCCUCGCCGACGGCAAGGGGAUUGGAUCGGGCCGAGCCCCAGGUAAUUUCUUGGAGAAGCUCUGUGAACAGUAGAGAGGGAGAGGGAAGGGAAGGGGAAAGUGUCUAGGUGUUGCAAUUUACUUAGAAAAAUAGGUUUCCAAGUACAGUAGAUAUCGCUAAAUGGGUGAAGCACAUUUGCUUGUAGGAUGUUACUAUUGCAGAAGUAGAGGUUAAAGUAAUUUUUGGGGAGCCUUUCAUCUUGGAUUCUUGAUAUGAUAUUUUUGG